AUGUCUUCCCACAAUGGCUUUGAUUCAUCCUCCACAUCCUCAUCCUCCUCAUCUUCCUCCUCCUCCUCUUCUGACGAUGGUGGGCUUAAAUCAAUAUACCGAGGUGCUACUAUUGCAGCAAAUAUAUAUGAGAGGCAGCAACAAAAAAAAGUCCUCGUCCGGAUGGUUCGUAAAUCACGACGAUACAUACCUCAUGAUAGGGUUGGGGCUGCAAAAAUUUUGAUGAGAGAUUACUUUGUUGAUGGGUGCCUAUAUACUGAUGAAAUGUUUCGUCGACGAUUCCGGAUGCAAAAACCACUCUUUAUGCGCAUCCAUGACGCUUUUUUACAGCAUGAUCCGAUGAACUUCCAGCAACGCCAAGAUGCUGCUCAUAAGUUGGGUCUAUCUUCUCUACAAAAGGUCACAGCCGUAAUCAGGAUGUUGGCAUAUGGAAUGGCAGCUAAUCAGUGUGAUGAGUACCUUAAAAUAGCAGAGACCACUACUAUGAAAACCUUGAGAAAAUUUUGCAAUGCUGUCAUUGAGAUCUUCGGAAGUGAAUACUUGAAAACUCCAACCGAGGAGGACAUUCAACACAUCCUUGCAGAAAAUGCCGCUCGAGGCUUUCUAGGUAUGUUUGGAAGUUUGGAUUGCAUGCAUUGGAAGUGGAAAAACUGCCCAACUGGAUGGCACAGCAGUCAUGUGAAUGGAAAAAUUGGAGCCCCAACACUCAUCUUAGAGGCUGUUGCGACGUGCAACCUUUGGAUAUGGUAUUGUUUCUUUGAAAUGGCAGGUACAAAUAAUGACCUUAAUGUUUUACAUAAUUCUCAUCUCUUCAACCGUAUUGUGUCAGGUGAAGCUCCAACAUGUAAUUUUGUUGUACAUGAGCAUCCAUACACAAUGGGUUACUACCUCUCUGAUGGUAUAUAUCCGAAGUGGGCAACACUAAUUCAGACAAUCAGCCAUCCAGUCACUGCAAAACAUAAGCUUUUUGCUGAAGCACAAGAGGCGGUAAGAAAGGAUGUAGAGUGGGCCUUUGGGGUUUUGCAAGCCCGAUUUGCUAUUGUGAAGGGAUCGACGUGCAUUAUACUCCAUAAUAUGAUAGUGGAGAACGAGGAAGAUCCUGAGGAGUGGGCACCCCCCGAAGGGGAAACGUAUCAACCUGUGGCUUUUAAUCGAGAUGUUAACCUACUUCGACGCAAUCAUAUUAGCCGAAUUAAGGCUAUGACAAGCGAGGUUACGCAUAGUCAACUGAAAUUGGAUCUCAUGGAGCAUUUGGGGAAUCGCUGCGGAGAUGAACAUCUCUGA